AUGCCUGAAAUCAUCCCUUCAUUGAUCAUAGCUGGCGAUAUGAACUACAGUUUCGACACCACCACAUACCAUCAUACUCACCGUGCAGGGAAACCCAAGCAGUUUGCCGAUUUCUUGAACACCCACUUUUCCGAUUGUCUCAAUCCAAAGAAUGAGCCUCAUGCGUAUACCUUUCGGCGUGGGUCCACCAUGUCGACCAUCGACUAUAUGUUUGCAGGCCACGACAUAGCCUCCAAAAUGAGUGAUGCCACUAACUCGUUUAUCAGGCCAGAUUGGACAGACCAUGCUCUCUUGACCAAAACAUAUACUACUGGAUUGACUAACUGCGGUAAAGGACUUUGGCGAGCGAACCCUCACCUCGCCAAGAACCAUAAGUAUCGACAGAAACUAGACGACGAGCUUAGAACAUUUGUUGCGGUGAAACUCGACAGCUCUCUGUCUGCUCAAGAAAAGUGGGAUCUUAUUAAAAAGAAGGCCAAACAGGUUACUAUUCAGUUCACCAGAACACACGAUCAUUGGAGGAAGGCUAGAAUCAAGACACUGCAAAGUGAAAGGAACAAUAUGAUACGACGCUACAGACAUGACACUACUUGCUUGAGGCUACUGUUGCAGGAUGUGGAGAACGAGCUAGCCAAGUUGCAACAGGAAAUCGUGGAUAUUCAGCUUCUUAAGGCCGGGAAACGAUGGCUUGAAAAUAGUGAAAAGUCGCCUGGAUACAUAAAGCAGACCAGUAAACAACGCCUUGAUCAGCGAACCAUCCCCAACUUGAAGCACCCUCGUACUGGGGUCGACUGUCUCGACACUGCCUCCAAGCUGAACGCCGCAGAACGAUUCUACCAGAAACUGUACACCGAAGAACGGAUAGACUCUACCUGCCUGAACAAAAUGCUGGACUACAUCGACACCACUCUGUCAGCCGACGACGCCAACCAGAUCACCGCAUUAAUAGACUACGACGACAUUCUGCUAGGGUCUGCUCGAACUCCCAAAGAAAGCAGCCCAGGAUUAGAUGGUAUCGGGUAUGAAAUCUUAUAUCUCAUUAUAUCUCACCCUAGCUGCCGAGACAUCGUGCACCAAGUAUUUAAUGACGCUAUCCAGCACGCCAAAUUUCCCAAAUCAUGGCAGGAAUCUUGUAUUAUCCUUCUGUUUAAGAAAGGGGACCGGAGCGAUCUCGCCAAUUAUCGCCCCAUCACAUUGAUUGCGGCCGACUGCAAAGUCUUUACUCGUAUUAUGAACUCUCGUGUCAUACCAGUAGCCAACAAACUCAUCAACCCAUAUCAAUGCGGCUUCUUGUCAGGUCGAUAUAUCGGUGAUCACGGCAUGUCUCUCAGGGUAAUUAUGGAUAACGCUUCAUCCGCCAGCUGGCGAAAUGCAACCAACUUUGUCGAAUACACUGGAAUCAUGCUGGACAACGCCAAAGCAUAUGACAGAGUCCACCCCCAGUAUCUCUCACAAGUACUGUUGAAGUUUGGAUUUCCACCACAAUUCGUCGCCUGCAUCCUCAACCUGUUUUUCGAUAACUUCAUCCAUGUCAACAUCAACGGUUUUCUGACGAAACCUAUCGCACAACGACGAGGCAUUCGGCAAGGUGAUAGCAUCUCACCUGUCCUAUUCAAUCUAGCUAUUGAACCGUUCCUCUUAUCCAUCAUCAACAACACUGCAAUCUCAGGCUAUAGUCUUCAGCACACCAAACUACCCAAAAAUGUGCAGAUCCCGUGGGUGUCUCCUGCUCCCGUUAAGGUCUUAGCUUAUGCGGAUGAUGUUCUCACGUAUGUAAAAUCUCAUUCAGAACUAACUGAACUCCAAAGAAGACUUAAGACGUACAACCGGGCCUCCAAUGCCAAGAUUAACUAUGACAAGUCAGUGGCAUUUCCCUUGCACGGCGGUAGCAUGAAAGGGUCUGAAGGCCUCAGAGUCCAAGAUCACAUCAUCAACCGGCUCAAGAUGAAAUGGUAUGACAGCCACUCUCCCGGGUAUAUCAAAUAUUUGGGGUACCCCAUCUGGUUCUCCAACCAUCAACGCGAUGUAUAUGUGUCUGAACUCCUUGGUAAAGUCAAAGCGGCGGUGGCGAUAUAUAGUCAACGGAAUGUGUCUCUGUACGGUAAAGCCAACAUCGCCAACAAUAUGAUCCUAUCAAAAUUAUGGCACGUCAUUCGCAUUGUAUCGCUACCUCUGGAUGUCUUGAAGCAACUGAAGUCCAUUAUAUACCAAUUCGUGAUGUCUGGCCUCUUCCCGCCACUGAAAGGAAACUCAUUUUUCCUACCGCGAGAUCAAGGCGGCCUAGGAUUGAUUGACAUUGGAGCUCAACAGCAUGCUCUUCAGUUUCGUUAUAUCAAGGUGCUCCUUCAAGGAAACAAGGGUUCGGUCCCGGACUUUACCUACCAGCUCCUGACCAACGCUCUCCGCCUAGCCCAUGACACACCCGACCAUGUAGUGCCCCUCUUCUUUAAAGCAGCGAGAUACAAGAACACGCUGAAUGGGUUCCACCCAUUCCACUCAAUUUUCGGUGCCAUGGACAUUUGCCGCCAACGAAGCUCACUGUGUAUUGAUUGGCAACGGAGGCCAAGCGCGCUGACCAUCCUGAGUCUCCCCCUCACUGCAAUCUUCACCUUCGAUGAAAAUUUGGAAGAACUUGAAUUUCUACAGUGUGAAACCGCCAAAACCAGCAAAGUCCAGGAAUUUUUCAAAUACAAUUCGGAGCAAGCCAUGUUUCAACUUGUUCCCAAGUCCACAUGUAGCAAGAGAAACACCUGA